CUUUAAAACAACAAUGUUGAAAGACAGAAAACCAUAAAACUCCUUUAAUUGUCUCUAUCUCUCUCUCACACACAGUCACACAUUAAUUUGUUCAUUCCAUGGCCACUCCGACAAUAACAAUGUCUUCCUUCAUCUUUAUAAUACUUUUUCACACUCUUUCAGCAUCCAUGGCCACCGCACAACUCCUCAACGCUGCCACUCAAGAUGCUUCCAAUGGAGUGGCUUCUAUUACUGAUGAAAAUUUUGGUUCCCUUGUCCUUAACUCUGAGACUCUUGUAUUGGUGGAAUUCUAUGCUCCAUGGUGUGCUUCCUGCAAAGGUGUUCAUUCCAAAAUGGUUGAGCUGGCAAAUGAUUAUGCAGGUGCGGUCAAGUUUUUCAAACUCAAUGUUGAUGACAAUCGACUUGCUCCUUAUGCAUAUUGGAUUCAAGUUCUUCCAACUGUCCUUUUCUUCAAGAAUGGUGAACACAGAUAUAGACUUCAUAACGUAUCCAAGACAACGUUUCUCAAACAUAUUAAACAAAAUCGAUCUGAGGUAUUUGGACAUGGUAAUGGAGAAUAUGAAUUUUCCGAGACUCUGGCGAAUGGUAGUCCGACGAAUGAGUUUCCUAUUGAGAGGGGCCUUCGACAAGGAGAUCCUUUAUCACCUUUUCGUUUUUUGUUGGCUGCAGAAGGUUUCAAUGUGUUGAUGAAAGUGGUGGUUGAUGCUAAUAUGUUUUCAGGGUACAAAAUCGGCCGAACAGGCGAUGUUAAUGUUCAUGACUCUUGGAUUUGGUUGUUAGAUCCUUCCCGUGGUUACACGGUACGGGAAGCCUAUCGUUUUCUCACUGAUAAUGGUAACGCUGUGGAUAAGACUCUGGUUGAAGAUGUUUGGCAUAAGAGCAUACCCUCUAAGGUGUCAGUAUUUGUGUGGCGCCUUUUCCGGAAUAGACUUCCUACUCGAGACAACUUGGUUCAUCGGCGAGUUCUUCUGAUAGCAGACUCGGUCACACUUGUUAAUUCCAUGACUACCGUCACAAUAACAAUGUCUUCCUUCAUCUUUAUAAUACUUUUUCACACUCUUUCAACAUCUAUGGCCACCGCACAACUCCUCAACGCUGCCACUCAAGAUGCUUCCAAUGGAGUGGCUUAUGUUACCGAUGAAAAUUUUGGUUCCCUUGUCCUUAACUCUGAGACUCUUGUGUUGGUGGAAUUCUUCGCUCCAUUGUGUAGCCCCUGCAAGAAUGUUGAUUUCAAAAUGGUUGAGCUGGCAAAUGAAUAUGCAGGUGAGGUCGAGUUUUUCAAAUUCAAUGUUGAUGACAAUCAACUUAUUCCUUCUAAAUAUGGGAUUAAAGGUAUUCCAAAUGUCCUUAUCUUCAAAAAUGGUGAACAAAGAGAUACACUUUUUGGUAACUUACCCAAGGCAACGUUUAUCAGACGUAUGGAACAAAACCUAUGAGAUGGGCUAUAUUUUUUUUUGUUGCAUGUUUUGCUUUCUUGAAUAAUCAAUCAUUUGUGGUUUUCAAUGAAAAAAUUAUAAUCAUUUAUGGGAUGAUUCCCAUAUUGUGGUUUUUAGAUAAUUAUAGUCACCUACUAAGCAUGAGUACUUGAAAAAAUGAAGUAUUUGUAUCAAAUACGAAUUUGAGACAUAUUGAGGUUUUUCUUUAUUCUCUGUUGUAAGUGAAAUUUGUGACUUUAUGAUAGAUAAACACAAUAAUAUAAUGGUAUUUGUGUAUUUGAGUUUUGCUGUUGUAAGAAAGCCACAUUUUCUUAAAAAAAGAAAAUGAGUGGUGAUAUAUUCUCUUAUAUAUAUGACAUCAGAGGAAGUAAUGUUUUAUGGUACCAAAACCAUACUCAAGAGACACAUAAAAGGUGAUGCACAUGCACUUAGAAAUGAGUGGUGAUAUAUUCAUGUACAACCGAGAGAAAGAGAGAGUGGUUUUUUUGGACUGAGAAUUGCUGUUU